AUUAACCCACUAGCUCAACUCGUUAUUUACUCUACAAUAAUCAUAGGCACCCUUAUUACAUCACUAAGCUCCCACUGAUUUCUUGCCUGAGCGGGCCUAGAGAUAAAUAUACUAGCUUUCACCUCCAUCUUAAUUAAAAAAGCGAACCCUCGCUCCACAGAAGCCGCCACCAAAUAUUUCCUCAUACAAUCCACCGCGUCUAUAAUUCUUAUAAUAGCAAUUACAUUAAAUAACUUAUUUCCAGGACAGUGGAUCAUAAUAAAUAACCCUAAUCAACUAACAUCCUUAAUUAUGAUAGUAGCCCUAGUCAUAAAAUUAGGAAUAACCCCCUUUCACUUCUGAAUUCCAGAAGUCACCCAAGGAACACCCUUAAUUCCUGGAUUACUUCUCCUAACAUGACAAAAACUAGCUCCCAUUCUAAUUAUAUAUCAGAUUUACCCAUCAAUUAACACAAACAUUCUCAUAACCCUAUCAACCCUAUCCAUUAUAGCAGGCAGCUGAGGAGGCCUUAACCAAACACAGCUACGUAAAAUUCUAGCAUAUUCUUCAAUCACACACAUAGGCUGAAUAAUAAUAACACUAGUAUAUAAUCCAAACAUUACAGCCUUCUAUCUACUUAUUUACAUUAUCAUAACAAGCACUAUAUUUAUAGCACUAAACCUAAGCUCAAAUACUACAACCCUAAUACUAUCACGCGCCUGAAACAAACUAACCUGAUUAAUACCAUUAAUAUCAGUUACCCUUCUAUCAAUAGGAGGCCUACCCCCACUAACCGGCUUCCUACCCAAAUGAAUUACUAUUCAAGAACUUACAAAAAAUAACAACUUUAUUAUACCCUCUGUCAUAAUUAUUAUAACCCUACUCAACCUAUAUUUCUACCUACGCCUAAUUUAUAUUACUUCUAUGACAUUACUUCCCACAUCUAAUAAUACAAAAAUAAAAUGACAAUUCGAAAACACAAAACCCACACCCCUAAUAUCCCCGCUCAUCGUCCUCACAACUCUUCUUCUACCAAUAUCCCCAACAAUCUUAACUAUAUUCU